UAUUAUUUUUUUCUUUUUUUUUUCUUUUUUUUUUUUGUCAUUCGAUGAGCUCAGACCCGCGAAAGAGUUUUUUAAUUCGCCGGAAGUAAGGUUCCUAUGGAUCAUUUGCAACGAAUAAAAUGCAAGAGGUUCUCGGUUAGCGAUCGUUUAUCCGAUUGCGGUUGCGCUCGGGCGCGCAUUAUGACGACGAUUAAAACAUUAGGCUGUCCGUCGUAAACGACAUUGGUGCUUAGCACGGAAGAAAGUACGGAUAGUACCCUUCCAUCUAUAAAAGUACGUACCGAGCAACUUUUGGCAUCCAGUAACGCAUUCGCUGCGACCGGAAAUAACACCAGCAUGGCCACCUGGGCAUGGUUGUCGGUCGUCGGACUACUGUUGACAGUAGCGGACAGCCAGGACCCAAGAACUCGAAAUCAGGAUCAAUUGGUAAAGGUACAUUCGAUCGAGCCGAUUCAAUCGCAAGAUGUCAUUGAAAAACCGACGAAGAACUUGAAAAAGAGACAACUUGGUGGACUCCCUGGAGUCACUUUUCAACCAUUCACAAAUUCAAACGGACUGUCAUCAUCGUUUCACAAUGAAUACGGUGGUUCGGGCAUUGGAGCCGGGCCUUUAUCAGGGGUAACAUCUUCGAAACCAUCGGUGCAAGCUCGAAGAAACGAUGCAGCGGGAACGCACAUUACGUUCGUGACACCGGCGUUCGUUAAUCCUCAACGAAAAAGUCACGACAGUCAUCACUCGGCUUCCUUUCAUCACAGUCACGGCCAUCAUCACGGUCAUCAUCACGAUCAUCAUCAUGGUCAUCACUCGCAUCACGAUCAUCACUCGAAGCAUAAGCACGAUCAUGGCCAUAAGCAUCACCAUGGACACGAUCACAAGCAUCAUCACGACCAUCACGAGGAGCAUAAGCAUCACGAAGAGCAUAAACAUCACCAAGACCAUCAUCAUCAUCAUGGACACGAUCACCAUCACGGUCAUAAGCAUAAUGAGGAUCAUAAGCAUCAUCACGGUCACGAACACAAGCACGAACACGGACAUAAACACGAGCACAAGCAUGGACACGAUCACAAACAUCACGGCGAGCAUCAGCAUCACCACGGUCAUCAGCACCACUCGAAACACGAGCAUCACGAGGAACACAAACAUCACGCGGAACAUCACCAUCAUCAUAAGCAUCAUCAUCAUAACGAGCAUCACCAUCAUCACGAACACCAUCACGUUAACGAGCACCAUCACCAUCAUACUCACAAGGAAACGGAGAAUCACCAUCAUCAUCACGGUCACGAGCAUAAGGAGGAUCACAAGCACGAACAUAAGGAGGACCAUCACCACAAGCACGGUCACGAGCAUAAACACGGUCACCACGAGGAACAUCACCACGGCCAUCACGAGGAUCAUCAUCACAAGCACGGCCACGAUCACAAGCAUGGCCAUCACGAGGAUCACAAACAUCAUCAUCAUCAGGAUCAUCAUCAUAAGCACGGCCACGAUCACAAGCACGAACACAAGGAGGAACACCAUCAUGGUCAUCACGAAGACCACAAGCACGACCAUCACGAGGAUCAUCACCACAAACAUGGCCAUGAACACAAGCACGGGCAUAAGGAGGAGCAUCAUCAUGGCCAUCACGAGAAUCACCAUCAUUCCCAUCAUCAGGAACACAAACACCAUCAUCACGAGGAACACAAACAUGGGCACGAGCAUAAGGAAGAACAUAAGCAUGGCCAUGAUCAUAAACAUCAUCACGAUCAUCACGAGGACCAUCAUCAUGACGAACAUCACAAGCAUCACGAAGGACAUAAACAUCAUGAGGAUCAUCAUCACAAACACGGCCACGAUCAUCAUCAGAAACAUCACGAGGAUCAUCAUCAUUCUUCCUUCGAUGGUCACGAUCAUACACAUUAUAAAAGUUUCGGACAUUAUUUUGGAGCAUCUCAAAAUCACGAAGAAUAUGUUUUUCCUGAGGAGAGCGCGCCUAUCGUCGUCACCCCUCAAAUCGUCGACGUAUUGAAAGUACCGCAACAACCAUCCCCAACGAAGGAAUCGACCGAACAAGUAACCGUCGUGCAAGUUUAA